GUGGUGUCUGCGAAGGUGACUGGGACUGAACAGAUGGUGACAGAGAGAGAGAGAGAAGCAGCGACGAAUGUAGAUGACAAACGAUUAUUCUCAAGCAGUCAAUAGAAGAGGUUCCUUACAACAGGCACAGCAGAGCGCAUGCGAGCAUAUUUGAGUUAGCAGCAUUUAAGGUUAGAGAAAGUUACUUAUUAAAAUUCGGGAUAAACUCAAGUCCAUUUAUUUCAAAGGAGUAUACUAUAAGGUUGUAAUAGCAGGACCGAAGAAGCGUGUACGGAAAGCGAGCAAGUAAGGAGACGAAGCGUCUGGACAGUGUAAAGUCAAGGGAGGAUAGGUAGGCAACAUAGCUACCAGCCGAUAGCCUGAUCUAGUUCUGAACGGUUUUGUUACAAGACUAAGACUGGAUAUUGGCGGGAGAAGAGCCAACGGGAAUUAAUGAUCACAGUGCAAAAUAUUUUAAGUAACCUUUGAGCGUCAACGUUGGAAGUUACCUAAUGGCGCAUUUGGGGAGCAAAGAGCACAGAUGAGACGCAUCAAAUUGGUUCAAAAUUCAGCUCCAGCUCUGAAAGCUGAGUUCACGUUCAAACAACAUUGGAUUAAGAAUCGUAUAUCGCAAAGUCUUACAUAUUGAUUUCGGAUUUAUAUUGAUUAUAUUUAGGCUAUGGAUCAGAGGCGAGGGUUCUGAAAACGUGUCCAGCACGCCGAGCGGCUUCUAAAUAUCUGCUGUUGCUUUCCACACCGACCACAGCAUCGCAACACCAGCAAACACCGACGAAACCAACAGCUGUUGUCCCAACUUGGAAAAGACAUGCAGAAGAUGCACAGGAAGGUUAACCUGCUGUGGGUAGUCUUCUUGACGAUGACUCAGGUGUCAAUCAAGAGCUUCCCCACCAACAGUCACAAAGGUGCAGUCCCCAAUGACAGGAGCAUUGCGACCACGGAGGCUAGCCCGGGUGGCGAUGUGGGUGAGACUCUGGAGGACCUCCAGCAGCAGAACCAGCUCCAGAGCCUGGCAUCAUCCAACCCAUCCUCUCAGAGACCCCGACGCCGUGGCUGGUCCCAGGGGGUUCUGCCCAAACCAGAACCAGAGGAGGACCCAGAACCCUUCAUCCUGGACCUCAGGAACUUCCCUGAGCUGGCCAACGCAGACUUGGGAUCUCACAACCCUAAUAUACAGGUGACCAUCGAGGUGGUGGAGGACCCACAGACAGAGAUGGAGAUGGACCUGGCCAAGGAGGGGGGGGAGGGGGGCCGCAACGACUGGUCCCUUUCAUCGGAGGAGUGGCUGGGCCACAAGAAGCUGUUCUGGCCUCUGUUCUGGGAGUACCCAGACCAGGCUGAGAGUGGGCCUGGCAGCAGGGCCAGCCUAGAGGAACAGGAGCAGCCCACAGAGGACUAUAACUACAACCCUGAGGAGCAGGAACCUGUGCUUAGUGGGACCGGGGGGACAGGCGUGGGUGGGGGCGGCUGGGGCAGCCGCUGGAGCAUCAACAAGGGAUGGGACUCCAAGGAGAACUACGAGUACGAGGAGGAGGAGUGGAGCGCCUGGUCACCAUGCAGUGUCACCUGUGGCCACGGCAACCAGAAACGUAUCCGUUCAUGUGGUUACGCAUGCACGGCGACCGAGUCCCGGACCUGUGACCUGGACAGAUGCCCAGAUGACCUGUUAGCAGUGACUGAGCUGAUACCUCUGGAGACAACAAAUGGCACUGACUCCCUUGACACAAACGUGGACAGCUGUGAGAAGUGGCUGAGCUGUAAGAACGACUUUCUCCAGAAGUACCUCCACCAGGUGCUGACCGAACUACCCAGCUGCCCCUGCUCCUACCCGUCCGAGGCCGUCUACAGCGCAGUCAACAUCUUCGACAAGACUCUGCGUAAGACCUACCGCUGGCGUGACGCCUCCGGCCCCAAAGAACGGCUAGACAUCUACAAGCCCUCCGCCCGCUUCUGCACACGCUCCAUGCUCUCCUUCGACAGCACCACGCUGGCCGCGCAGCACUGUUGCUACGGUGAUCACAUGAAGCUGAUCACACGGGGGAAAGGGGCAGGCGCGCCAAACCUCAUCAGUACGGAGUUCUCACCGGAGCUGCAUUACAAAGUGGACGUGCUGCCCUGGAUCCUGUGUAAAGGGGACUGGAGCCGCUUCCACUCUGUGAGGCCGCCCAACAACGGGCUGCAGUGUGCCCACAACCCCACAGAGGAAGUGUACCAGGCUGAGCUAGAGGAGGCCCGUGAGUACUGAGGGAGGAGAGGGGGAGGAGUACUGAGAUCCUGAGUGGGGAGAGACACACGUGGUUCCAAUGGCUCUAUUGGAUUUGGGCAUGGGCCACAUACUGAAUAUAUUGUGUUAACUAUCAGUUGCUUUGGAUGAAAGGAGACCUGGACAUCCCCUCCCCUUUAUUCAAUGUUUGGUCACAUUGUGGCACAGAGUUUAGUGAACACCUACAUUUUUCUAAUCAGGCUUGACCCAUCCAAAAUUGAGUCAAGUUGAAUACUCUUUUUUAAUUUUUUUUAUUUAUUUUUAAGUUGAAUACUCUUAUCUGGUGUGCGUGGGAAAACUCUAUGAUCGUCACGUCUUAAUGGCGCGUUGUUAUGACAUCAUCACCAUCAAGCAUUUCCUCAUUGGAUGACUCAUCAGAAUCCACCUGCCAAUUGGAAUAUGCUUUCCCGUGGAUGACUUACUGUGGUGUUACGGGAAGAGAAAAAACAACUAUUUUCUAACUGGUAAUUUAUUGCUUGUGAAAGUCCGAAUUUUGGAGAGCGUUUUUUUGGGGGGGGCUACACUCAAAAAAACAAGAAGAAAAAAACACUGGUUUGUAAACGUUGGGAAAUUUUAAAGAGGGAGAGACUGCAAUGAGAUUGUCCUAGUUCUCUCUGACACCCCUCAACCCACCACCCCAUAGACUCACAUGUGCUGCUGCUAUUGAGAAAAUGGAUGGGGGGAUGGGUACAGAGGGAUGGGAUGGCUCAGGGGUUGCCAUGAGCUGUUCCAGAACCCCUGAGGGAACAUGGAGGAACAUGGAUAGUGUAUUUAUUGGACUCAUAUUGGGCCUGUGUUGUAUUUACUCAAAUACUCUGAUGUCUCAUGAAAGGAAUUCCUGUCAAGCUGCUAAAAUGGGGAUGAAUUCAACACAGAAUGUUAGUUGUUGUUUGUCUUAGACUUGAAGCUCUCUCUCACAAUCUCUGUCUUCUUUCUAUCCACCUCUCUCUCCCUUCUCUCUCUCUCUCUCUCUCUCUCUCUCUCUCUCUCAAUCUCUCUCUAUUUCUCUCCCCAGCGCUCUCUCUCUCUCCUGGCCCCACUCCAGUCGGAAGACAAAAAACAGACUGAUCAAGCACAGGCCCAAGAUGCAUUGUGCUUUUCUUACUUUCUUAUUUCCUGUCAAGCCACAUAUUUCUUUGGAGAUGUUGACCCCUGGAACUCUAUUGUGUUAUUCAUCCAGUCAUAUCCAGUAUCAGAGGACCAGAUACUCAUCCUCCUGAGCCAUUUGGCCGUAAUGCUCCGUCAGAUAAAGUUGCAUUGGGUCAUGGUUAGCUAAUCCUGGGGGAAACAUAAAAAUACAUUGUUGAAGGUCUCUCUGUCGCUCUCUCUCUCUUUCUCUCUCUCAUCGACAGACAUACCGCUUGUUUUCCUCCUAAGGAUUGCUCCAUCGUUUAAUCUGAUCCAUAAUUGAAUCGUAUUGAGAUGUUUUCCUUUUAUCGCCUGUUAACAAGUCACGGUGUUGCAUUCCUCGCAACCCGAGACACCCGGAGAGACAGUCGUAGAUUUGCCGGUGGAGAGGGAGAGAGGAAAACCCUUGGUAGGGGGCCUUGAAAGGAGAGAGACACUUGGACUCUCUAGGGGUGAGGGGGAAGAUGGAGUGAGGCUGGAGGUAGAAGUGAAGGUGCAGGAGAAGGCUGAGGGGAGGGGUGUCUGGGCUCAGUUGAUGCAUGGAGGUCCUUUCUCCAGAGAGGAGUGGGAGUUGAGCAGAGGGGAAGUGGAGAGACAUCUCUGUAAACAGUGGAACCCUUUGAAGAGCUCUCCCCUUCACUGGUGUCCAAGACCUGCUGACUCUCCCCCUCCACCCUGUCUUGAUGCCUGGUGUUGUUUUAAGGUCUUAAUCCUAACCCUGGUUAUCAGACUGAGUGCCAUUGAGAGAUGUUGAGGCUGAACACGUCCUGAAAGAAUAGUGUUGAUGGACAGCUCUCCCGCUCCACACUGCAAUGACAACAGCAGAAACAAAACACAACCUUUGGUGUUACACACUCAGUUACUCUCUCUUAUUUUUUUUGUACAUUUUAGUAAUUUAGCAGAUGCUCUUAUCCAGAGCAACUUACAGUAGUGAGUGUAUCCAAUCGUUAUACUUUUUCAUACUGGUCCCCCGUAGGAAAUGAAUCCACAACCCUGGCAUUGCAAGAGCCAUGCUCUACCAACUGAGCCACACAACUGAGCUUCCCUUUUUUUAUACUCUAAUUGCAGCCAGGUCACCCGUGAUACAAGUCCAUGUUCGAUGUCCAUCCACAUCUGACGAUGUCGGGAAAUUAUGUGUAAAUCGGCCACUAGGAGCAAUAGUGAGCACUGUUACCAAAGUAGGUUUUUGGUUUUGCUAUGGUGUUGUGGACAGGGAUUGGGUGUUGCAAGUUUGCAAGUUCAGAACCAGCAAUGGAAAGUCUUUUUGUUUUGAAGGGUAUCCCAAACCCCCAAACUUACCUUAACCAUUCAGAGUUAUUGCCUAACCUAAGAAUUUGGAGUUAAUGCCUAAGCUUAACCUUAAACACUUUGAAACUUGACAUUUGGAACAACUUCUAAAUUUGACGUUUAAGAAACAUGGAUGAAAGUCUAAUUCUGAUGUGAGACUGUGGGAGCCGGUAGCUUUCUUGCUCCUUUUCUCCUUCCCUCCUCUCUCUCUCCCUCGCCCUCAUCCAUGCCCAUUAAUAGCUGGCUCAAGUUGGCAUAGGGGAAUUCUCUGUAGGUUGUCAUCGGGCCGUCACUAAAGACAAACACAGACACACACACACACAGAGUCAGGCAGCCCUCCAGUAUUCCCUCAACAUCCUGCACUCUGCCAUAUCGAAGCCAGUUAAGCGAAUAGCGUUUAGAAACUUCACAGAGAUCCCAAUUCAUCAAGAUGCCAAUCACAAUAAGAACACAGAUGGCUGUAGUAGUUGGACUCAGACACACUGACGAACAUAAUAUGAGAAGAGCGUUACAGACUCUGGUAUGAACAAUGUUUUUUCCAUCAAAUUCUCUCAGAUGAAACAGCAGUAUGAAAUGCGUUCUCCUUCAUCUGUUGAGACACGGUGCUGGUAACAUUUGUCCACAUUCUCUGAUCAAAGCCUUGCCAUUUUUCACCCUUUUUCCCCCCUUAACCCCCCCUUCGGAGGACACAAAUAUAUUUUUUGUUUUUUACAGCAUUUCUGCUGUACAUACAUUGCACAUAUAGAUUUGACAUACAUUGUACUUUUAUAUAUAGCAAUCACAUGACAAUAAUACAUUACCGAACAUGAGCUCUUUGAUCCCACCCCUCAGCCACUCUCAGCCCAUCCCACCUAUCACUGCAAACCACCCUCGUUUGGUUUCAAUGUGCCAUAUAUUUUUCAAUUGUGCUGUGAUGUUUUACAUGGAUUUUGAAGAUUUUAAUCAAAUAGUAUCCAAAGCCUUGUCAUUGAAUGUGAUGUGUUCCUAUGGACUCAAACUGCCUUGACCAUCACAUUGUUGCUUCAUAUCACCACCAAACACACAGUCAAGUGAACACAGACAAAGUAAUGCAGUGAUUCAUAUGAGGAGUGUAUGUUGGGAUAUGACCAGUUAACCAUCCACAGUCCCUGGAAGGUAUCCAUUACUUCAUGCCAGACACAGUCAGAAUGGACUCAAUUAAAGAGGGAAUUUGUCCCAAAUGGCAGCCUAAUCUCUAUAUAGUGCACUGUAUUGGACCAGAACCCUAUGGGCAGGG